AUGACUCAUAUUCAAAAUUUGUUUUCUUUAAAAAGCAAAGAUUUUUUUAUUUUAUAAUUAAUCGUACUGUUGAAAUCGAAGAUGUAAUAAGACUUACCAAUCGAAUCAGUGCUUGAUACUCUAGAUUAUGGCGACAAAAUCAAGUGCAUCUCAGGAUUGGUUGCCACCUUAGAAUAAAUGAAAUCUAAUUAAACACAUAAGACUUAUUUGAUAAAGAAGAUUAAAGAAGUAAAACUCUUAUCCAAUCAUCUUAGCUUCGUCUUCUUUCAAAAAUAAUUAAUGAUUUAUUAUGCAAAGAAGAACUUAUUCAUAGUCCAAAGAGACAAUAAAGCAAGACUAAAAAGAGUAGAAUCAUCUUUGACAUAAAAGUUGAUCUUAUGCUUUUAAAGGGUUCCAUUAUUAAAUUAGAACAAUCAAUCAAAGAAAGUUUUAAAUUACAUCAGGAAAUACAUUCUAAAUUUCUAUUGAUAUAACAUUAAGACCAAGAUUAUAAAGAUGAUGAUCAAUUUGAACAUUUAGAUAUUAUGAGAUUAGUCUAAAUCUAUUAAAAUGAGAUGGAAUAUGUGAAUGAAUAUUUUAACAGGAUUGAAAACAAUCCCAAUAAUUCAAAUACUCAUUCCUUAGAUAUAUUAAAUAAAUCCUAUUAAGAAAUGCUUCUUGAUGACAAUAUCAUCGUCAUUACACAAUAUGUAAUAAUGUGAAACAUAUAUAUAUAGUUUUAAAAUUUGUAUUAGAUGAUUGAUGAUCUUGAAAAUUUGAAAUAAAAACUCAUUUAAUAUGAAGAAUUCGAGUCCCAAUCAACUAACUUUGAAAACUCAAGGAAUUCAUCAACAAAUGAAAGUAAAUUACUAUAAUAUAAUUUAUAGAACAUUUCACUAGAACUAAAACUUAAACAUAUGAAUUAUGUGAACAAUAGAGGAUCAACAUUUUGAAAGAAAUAACAAAUGAAAUCAAAGAGAAAUCUUCUGAAACAUGUAUAAAUUGUAGUAUAUUUUGAA